AAUCCGCAAUCCCAGCCGGUUGUCCAGGAUAGCGCCCCUAGCGGCCCUAAGCAGAGCAACGUCUUCGCGUAUUUGCCUGCUCUAUGCUAACGGUGUCUUGAGGCUGUUGCACAUUUAUCUACUCGCCGAAUGUCAAGCCAGUCUAGUAGCGUUCGCGGCCGACUCAUAUUGCUCGUAUAGACUAGUAGCGCCGGUCAGUGCUCCGUGCCUGAAGGGGCAAUGCGCGGAUUGUGUCUUGCGUCGAUCAUCCUUGCGCUUAGCGCUACGUUGAGCAGUGUAGCAGCGGAUGAGAGCGUAGAAGAGACUCUGUAUGGUGUCAAGUAUGCGUCCAGGUGCGAAGCGUGCAAGUACCUCGCCGUGGAGCUGGAAGCACGUCUCGGGGAGACUGGCAAAACGCACGAUGUCAUCGAGACCGGAUACACCCUAGACGGCGGGCGCAAACGCAAGAAGUAUGCGGUUUCUGAACUACGAUUAGUGGAGUCGCUAGACGGCGUGUGUGACCGGCUGCUCGAGUACAAUAUUCACAAGGAACGCAAGGAUAGCACGCGCUUCGCCAAAGGAACGAGCACUACGUUCCGAACGCUGCAUGGCCUAGUCGCCAAGGGCGUCAAGGUGGACUUGGGCAUCCCGUACGAGCUCUGGGACAGCCCUUCGGCCGAGGUGACGCAGCUCAAGAGCCAGUGCGAGGCCCUGCUCGAGCAGUACGAGACCGACAUCGAGCGAUGGUACUUCGGCAGUCAGGAGGAGCCACUCGCCACCUACCUGUGCCGCCAGCGCGUGCUACGCAAAGGCGACGCCAACUGCCUGGACGACUCAUUUCCUGCCAGCCGUAAGACCGAGCUAUGAGAUGCUACUACACCCUAAGCGGCGACUCUGAUGAAGCCGCUCUUACAUGUUGUUCGUCCGAGUCAACGGAAUAUGUGGUGUGCACAAAUACUUCAUAAGUCAAGCGGCAAGUGUGACCUCUUACGUUUGUCCUCGUCUACUGUUUCCUGCUCGUGUGGACCAACAAGCACAAAUACCUAUUUAACACAAAUGAAUGAAGCCUUGCUAUUAUUUUCUACACAACAUGAAACUUUGGCUACACUCUGCAAUAGAACAAUGCGUUCUGGUGUUGGGUUUGUGCUGCUGCUGACCAAACUAACCUUGCAGACUGCCAGUGCGGUUGUAUAACCAUACCAGACGCGCAGCACACAACAUUGUUGUCUAGUCAAACAAGAAAGCACCUGUAUAUGAAAAACUUGGAGCCCUUUCACAUAGUGCUUAUUAUCAGCGCUUCAAUUGAGUGCUGGGCACACCCUCUCCAAAGUGCAAAACAUAUUCCCAACGUAAGUGAGCAAGGGGAUAGAGGACAUUGUCAAGAGUCAUACUGCUUUGUCUAAACCAGCAGAGGAGACACACAUUAGCCCCAGGAGGAGCUUUGCUUCCACAUGAUUGUCAAAAGCAAGAGUGCAGUGUGAAGAACUGGUCAUGGAUUUAUGGUUUGGAAGCGAGUUCUGUACAAGCUUUUGCAGUUCCUGGUAGCAUUGCAUCGGUGUGUGGCUUUGAGUACUUUUGUCAUGGUUCUGUGGUAAUAAUAAUAAUGGCAGCAGGGUAUCAGAUUCAUUGGGAGCAGGGCGAUCAACUGGAGCAAAUUGAUGUAACGACAGUAUGAAUAUUCUAGUGGGUAUAGUGAAUAGGUGCCAAAAAUUUUGGGCGAUAGUUAGUUGCAGUUGCGGGGCUUUGCUUACUUAAUUACUGGCUAGCAGGACAGCACAGUUACACCAACUGUCUUGAUUUAUGUGCAUCUAGGGCAGUGCUCAGCUCAUUUUACUAGGAUGUUAGCAGACAGGUUUCAUUUAAAAAUCUAAAAGCAGCAGUUUUGCUAUGAAAAGCACCCAUGAUAGGGUGAAAUAAGAAGGCACAUUCAUUGUAGGGCAGUUGCUACAUGGUCCCUCAACAUACGCUGCAGCUUGGCUGUGCCAUGCCAAAAGGUGCAUGUAGUAGUAUACAAUUGGCAUGUGCGUGUGUGGUUUCUUUUCUACAACACACUGCAUCAUAACUAGCACUCUACUGCAGCAAAUUAAAUGCAUUCACCUGUAUGACAUGGUCAGCUGUCCUGACCAUGGGCCUGUGUCACUGUGCAAAUCUAGUCGACAGAACAGUGGCCUCGAUGGAAAACAUUUUAGUGAGGGCAUGGCUGUAUCUUGACCAUGUGCUGUUCUUAGGUGCUUAGCUCCUCUCAGAGAAUCUUGGCUUGCCACAGGUAAUCCGCACUUCACCAUCUUUCUCUGAGUAUCCCACACUUCUACUUUGGAGCAUCGAUAGGCAAGUUGUCCCUACUCCUUUCUGUACCUCAAAACACAGCCGAGGCCAAUCAUUCAGUCACUGGUUCGUGAACAAACCGCAUGACAUCACCACCGCACCUGUAAGUUGAAUCUAGCAUUGCCAGCUAUGCUAUUGACAGAGGCACAUGCAUUAGUACACCACAAUUUAAAUCGGUCUGAUUUCUGUGCCUUAAUUUUAGGCAAGAAAUCGUGAUGUUAUUGAAGAGGCUAUAAAGUAGCAUACUCAACUCUACCUAUGUGUGUGUGUACACACACACAUACAUUUUUGCAUGCUCAACUGAAAAUACAACUUCCAAGGAAGGUACUCCCCAUCUGUGCACUACUGAAUGUAUGUGCGCAUUUUCAAUGCUUUACUGGCUUGUGACCUUGCACAAUAAACCUUAUUUACAAUAGAGUUAUGAUAAAAUUGAAAUGUUUGUUAAAAGCAGUGAUAUCAAUGCUUGAAAUGGACCUGUAGGGUGCCAGCAAAGACAUUUUUCAAGAUGUCAAAACUAUGUUUUUAGUGACAAUGUGUGUGAUAAUAAGUCAACCCAAAUGAAAAUCACGGAAGCAGUUUUGUCUUUGCAAGCAAUACACUGUCUUUGGCACACCUCAUGCAUCUUUUUCUAGUGCACUCAGAAUUCUGGCAUUUCACCUGUAAUUUUCACAUUACACGCCCUCCCUGUAAACAGAUUGUGUGCAUUAAACGAGUUCUCGCUUGGUGGUGCUAAAAUUG